AUGGCGCGUAUCCAGAUUGUGUCGGACCUCCAUCUAGAAAACCCGACAGCCUAUGAUGUAUUCGUGAUAGAGCCCCAAGCGCCGUACUUGGCGCUUCUAGGUGACAUCGGUGUAGUCCAAGACGAGGGUUUCUUCCCGUUCAUCACAGCCCAGCUCCGCAACUUCCAGAUCGUUUUCCUGCUCCUCGGAAAUCAUGAACCAUUCUAUUCCAACUGGUCCAGCGUGAGAAAGCAGGUCGCGGACUUCUCGGGCAGCAUCAGCAGGACAUGUUCGCAGGAUCCAGGGCUGGGACAAUUCGUCUUCCUUGAUCGGACGCGCUUUGACUUGAGUCCGGAUGUGACGCUCCUCGGCUGUACACUGUACUCCAACGUGUUUAAAGACCAGGAGGAGCGCGUGAGCUUCGGGCUCAAUGAUUUUUAUCACAUCCAAGACUGGACCGUUGACGACCACAGAGUGGCCCAUGAAGCUGACUGCGCAUGGCUCAAUCAACAAGUUACCGACAUUGCUGCGUCAGAACCUCAUCGCAGGAUCGCCAUCUUCACGCACCAUAGUCCCACCGUCGCCGCCCCGGCGGUCAAUCCCGUCCACACCAAUAGUCCCAUCUCUUCGGGGUUUGCGACCGACUUAUCCGGUAGUUCCUGCUGGCAGGCUGCUCAGGUUCGGUUGUGGGCGUUCGGACAUACUCAUUACAAUUGCGAUUAUGUGGAUGAGCCGACGGGCAAACGGGUCAUGACGAACCAGCGAGGGUAUUACUUCGCUCAGGCGGCGGGGUUUGAUGUGAGCAAAGUGGUUGACAUCUGA